UAUGGCGACGGGCCGCGGCAAAUCAUGGACCUGCUGUUUCUGGGCGGCGAGGGCAACUUUGACGGCAUGCAGCUGUCGAAGCUGGCAAUUACGCAUGUGCUCAAUGUCGCCCGCGAAGUGACCGGGCCGAUGCGCAGUGGCGAGAAUGUGGAUAUGGCCGGCCAUCCCAUUGCCUACAGACACUACCGGUGGGACCACGACGAGCCGGAUCUGCACAAGUACUUUGACGAGUGCUUUGCAUUUAUUGAUGCCGCGCGCAGCCGCAACGAGAACGUCCUGGUGCACUGCCAGCUGGGCGUGUCGCGCUCGGCGUCCCUGGUCAUCGCAUAUGUGAUGCGCACGCUUGGGAUGGGGUUCAGCGCUGCCUACGAGUACGUGCAGAGCCGUGCGCCGUGCAUUAGCCCGAACCUGUCGCUGAUUGCGCAGCUGUGCGAGUAC